CCCUCUUCCUUUGCUGACUCAAAUCCUCCAAACUCCUAUAAAAUCUUGAAACUCCCAAAGUUUGUUUCUUUAUCAAUUUUCAAGAAACCCACAAGAAAAGAAUUAAAACACAUACUCGUACCAGUGUUCUUCGUUGGUGAGAGAGAGAUCACACAAAGCAAUCCGAGAGAUCAUUUACAUGGCAUCAUCCGGCCUUACUCGAUCAGGAAGCGCCCCGCGAUUCGAGAAGUGGAAGCUGUCAAAGAAAGACGGAUUCAACGGUGGUGGCUCCUCGAGGAUCACGCGUUCCUCGUCGGCGACCUCUUCAUUCUACAUAAACGGCGACAAGAAGAGACAUAAACAGGGGAGAAGCGCUUUCACGAGGAAGUGUGCGAGAUUGGUUAAAGAACAGAGAGCUCGCUUCUACAUCAUGCGUCGUUGCGUGAUCAUGCUUAUUUGCUGGAGAGAUAAUUACUCUGAAUCUUGAAAACCAAACAGAACAGAAGUCUCUCUUUGCUCUGUUCUGAAACAGAGGUAGAUAGAUAUACAUGUACAUAAAGGGUUCUACGUUCGUGUGGUUUCUGCUUAUUUAGAUCGGUUUAGGUUUUGUAAUUUGUAUGUCUCAGCCUUUGAUUCUGGAAAGAGGUCAUGUGCUUCAAGAUCAGUUUCUGUGUGCUGAAAUUUAACAAGAAAAAAAAAAGACAGAAAAGUUGUAUAAUACUAUAAUUCAAUAAAAAUAGUGAAGUAGCUUUGUGUUUGAACUUGUUUUUGUUGGUUGCUUUUCUUUUUCUUCAUGUUCAUUAAU